UGCAUUACAAAUUUGUAGACUGUAGAGCAUUGGUGCAGUUGAACAUGGCACUGUAUCACGCACUAGACUUGUGAAACACCGGGUUAACUUUUCAAUGCUUUAAUUUGUAGCGACCGGCAACUGAAAUUCUACAGUAGAUCGAGCAGUUUAAUAAACUUCUUUUGAUGAAACCUGGGUUCGGGCUAUUCUUCUUGAAAGAUGUAAUCAGAACUGUAUUGGAAAUAUCACAGGAUUCUGCACUGUUCCACUUUCUUUGCCGGUGUAAGGAAAUCCGAAACAUUUCUAACACCGGAUGUGACAAGGAGACCCAUUUUCAGCAGUGGACGUAGCUGCAGCGGUUACGCACGCGCACGUUUUACGGCAGCUUUGAAGUAUAUUCUCGUUUCCCACGUAUGGAGCCAAUUUUUGGCCAAAUUUGGUGGUACAAGUGUUCAUGCACAAAACAUACUGCACGACAUCAGCAUGGAUUCCAGUGCGCUAACGCCGAACGAUGUCCCAUCUUUGGACCCGGGAAUACGUGACAAAUUCCACAACUACGAUGCUAUUCUCGACGAAAUUGGAGGAUUUGGGAUCUACCAGAAACUGAUCCUCUUUUUAGUCCUGAUUCCCGCCAUCAUACCGAAUGGAUUCUACAAUUACAAUAUUGUUUUCAUGUCGGCAACUCCAGCGGAAUACUGGUGCCGGCUUCCAGUCGACAACAUUAGCAUCAGCGACUUGCCGCACCUGUUGCCGCUAGAACAGCGUAAUGGCGAAAUCGUCCACAGUCGCUGUAUGAUGUUCGAUUUAAAUUACGCCAACUUAACCAAACAGGAAAUCGCGAACACCGUGCGCAUUUACAACGGCACUUUGUCUGUCGUUCCUUGUCGUUCUGGUUGGGAUUUUGACCAUUCCGUGUAUGAAAGCACGACAGUGACCGAAUGGGGUCUGGUGUGCGACAAAGAAGUGUUGUCCACUAUAUCCUUUGCAUCGUCCACUUUUGGGGGACUUUUUGGGGCGUUUAUAUGGGCGUUUAUUGCCGAUCGAUUUGGUCGUAAGAAAGGAUAUUUUUCCAUGAUUGCUUUUCAGCUGACGUUUGCUAUAGCAAGUGCGUUUUCACCAAAUCUAUUAGCCUACUGCAUGUUUCGGAUGUGCAUUGGAAUGUGUACGUCGUUUGUUUACACUCUGGGCCUUUUAAUGUCCAUCGAAAUUACCGGGACGAAAACACGGGCAUUAAUGUCGGUUAUUUGUUCCAUCGGCUAUACCAGCUCCGUCCUGCUUUUAUUGCUCAUUGCAUAUUUUGUGCGCGACUGGCAUCACUUUGCACUGGCCUCAUCCGUACCGUUGUUAAGCUUAUUUUUCUUGAUCCCUUUUUUUCCGGAAUCUCCGCGUUGGCUGUUGGCACAAGGCCGCUUAAAAGAACUGGAAGUAUACGUGCGCAAAGUCGCCCGCGUUAAUCGCGUCCAGUUGGAUCCGAAAUUUGACCAGAAUCUGCCGCUGAUCCUGGCUAAUCUCGAUCGACACGAAGAUGAAGAAACCGCCAAUUUAGUGGAUUUAUUCCGCACGCCCAAUCUGCGGAAGAAAACACUGAUCUUAGCUUUUAUUAACUUUUGCAACAGCGGUAUUUUUACCGGUCUGAAUCUGUAUGCGCCCGCUUUCGGUGGCAAUCCGCACUGGAGCGCAUUCUUGACCAAUAUGGUGGAAUUUCCGCCGUAUCUUUUUGCUCAACAAAUCUGUGAUCGCCUGGGAAGGAGAUUAUCCUUGUUUUAUUUUAUGCUGUUUUGUUCUAUAUUUUGUUUGGUUACGGCGGGAAUAACUGGUGGCACGGCGUUGACGGUGCUGUCGUUGGCAGCCAAGUUCUGCAUUACUAUUACCUUUCUGGUUGCAGAACUGUAUGAAGAGGAAUCGUUUCCGACGGUUGUUCGUGGCGCCGGUCAUUCGUUUACCAGUGUCGUGUCGCAGUUUGCCGGCGUAGGAGCCCCGUUCGUCGUCAAUCUGGGGAAUGCCUUUUUAGUUUUACCUCUGGUUGUGUUUGGCUGCUUGAGCGUUGUUGGGGCUGGAACAACUCUGUUCAUGCCAGAAACGGUUUACAAGCAACUUCCCCAAACCUUGGACGACGGGGAAAAUUUCGGGAAGCAUAUGCGCUGGAGCACAAUAGUGUCUCUUGUUCCGCCUAAAAGACCGAAGAAGACUCGUGUUCAGUUGGUUGGCUUUAAAGCAAAUUUGAAGGAAGAGGGGCCUUACACAAUUACUGGAUAAAAUUUUAAAAGCGUUACGACGAAACUACAAAAUUGUAUAGGUCUGUAUUAGCAGUGUAAAAAUUCUGAGCACGGAAAAUUGUGUGGUAAAAAAUUGUGUUUGGUAAAAAAUAAAUUGUGUGUGGUAAAAAGUAAAUUGUGUGUGGUAAAAAAUUGUGUUGUAAAAAAUUGUGUGGUAAGAAAUGAUGUUGAUGUAUUGACUUUAGUGCAAUCAAGGCUGGUUGUUGGUUAUGGUUGGCGGAAUGUUACCUCUUUUGUUAGCAAAUAGCAACUUACCACUUGUACUGUAUUGAAGUUCGUAAACUCGUUAGCACUGCGAGAUAUCACUUUUUUGUUGAAGCAGAUUAAAAGGAUGUGGU